AUGCAGGGAAUUCGACGGCUGGUGGUAUUUCACACUCAUUCUUUCUCAUGUGUGGCGUACCGUUGUUUUACUAUGAGAAGUGGUAUACUAUUGAACUCUUAUCAAACCUUAUCAUCAUCAUCAUCGUAUUCCAGCAGCAGUAGUGGUGUUGGUGGUACUGUUGUAACUGAGACGAUUGCACCUGAAAUGGUGACCAUAGAAAUUCUCCCUGCCGAGGAGGAACACCAUCAUGAUAGCCAUCGUAGUAACAUUAAUAGUAAUAGUAGUGUUAGUGCUACCGAGGCGGAUGAUGUAGAUAUGCAUGAUAGUGGUAAUAGUCAUCCUCAUCAUCAUUAUCAUCAUCCUUCUAGUAGGAGUAGUCACAGUAGUAACAGUGGUGGGAUGCCGUCUCCCUUGUCUGGUGCGUACUGUGAUGUGACUUGUAUUGAUCCCUUUGCGAAGAGCCGCGUGGUGAAUUACGUCCGCCGCACGAGUGGUGAAAGUGAAGGUGCCGCUGUCUUUGAAGUGACCGAGGAAAGACUAGAAGAUGUCCAUCACCCCAACACGGCAAUGGAGAGAGAAGCGGAAAAGGAGUUCACGGUGGUUUAUCGGGCCCGCUGUCGCCUGCGGCUGCCGGCCCCGCACGACUCGUACGUGGCGGAGGGCCUCGCGGCGAGUCGGCGGGAUGCGGAACUUCUCGCGGCGAUGCAUGCGGAGCGGGUGUGCGACGCCCUCGCGGUGCCGCUCUUCCGACUGCCGGCGAUGCAGCGACGACACGCGGCGGCCGCCCGGCGUGCGGGACGAUAUGCGCCGAUGCCCGGCGAUCCCGUGCGGCCGGAGAACACGCCCGUCCCACCGCCCUUUCGCAUGCUCCCCACCCAACACACCACUCCUAUGAAUAGUAAUAGUAAUAGUGGAAGGAAUGCCGAUCAUAGUGAUAGGAAUAGUGGUAGUGGAGAGAGAGAAGGAGCAGCAGCGGCGGGGGUGGUGGGAGUCUUUGCGACGAAGAUUGCGGAGGCGGAGAUUGUUGGAGAGCGGCAUAUAAGUGGAAAGACUGUAGGGCGGUUGGAAUCGGUAGGAACAGCCGCAUCAGGAGUGAGAUCCCAUACCGCAAAUCCAGAAAAUACGACUACUACUACUACGAGUACGAGUACGACGAAGACAACUUUUGUUUCUGAUGCUUCCUCAUCUUCUUCUUAUGAUAAUAAUAAUAAUAAUAAUAAUAAUAAUAAUAAUAAUAAUAAUAACAAUGAUAAUGCCGCAGCUGCAGUAGAGGGGAAUGAGGCAGCAACGUAUCACACUACCGUCCACUAUCCAUGGCUUUCUUUCAGUUCCUAUGGAAGUAGUGGAGGUACGGCAGGAUUAGGAUCCACAACAACCACAACAACAACAACGGGUACUACUACUAGUACUAUGAGUAAUGCUGGUGUGGUAAACUUUGAUCCAACAGAGGGAGGAAUGUGGCAAAUGGUGAAUACCGCCUCCACACGAUGUUCACCAUCGCCGGAUGCACUUGUGCUUCCAUGUGUGUAUGAGGCAGCAGCGUAUGAACGCAUGAAGGAUCACUUUCUACAGCAGGGAAUUGCUCUAAAGGAUCGUAUAGCCGUUUCCCACGUGGCUGUACCAGGUCAUUCAGCGCGAAUGUAUAUAGUGGAAAUUCGUCUCUAUGAUGCUGUAGUGGCACGUGGAAAGGCACAAACCCGUGAAUGUGCUGAACAUCUUGCCGCUAUGCAUGCGGAAUUGUUAUUAGAUGCUCUUGCACGUCCAUUGUUUCCUAACAAUAUGGAACGGCAGGCAAAACACGCAGUGGCAACAGAACGAUUUGGUCGAUGGGCUCCAAAUCCUCUCACACAAGAGACUCAACACCCACGUCCACAUGAUCCUCUUCCACUCCCAUUAAAACAACAAGUAGGGGGUGAUGAAGUGUGGCUUGAUCCUCAGAUGCUGCGUCGUUGUAAUAACUAUAACUAUCAACGUAGCAUUAGUGAACGAAUUAUUGCCGCACAUAAUGAAGUAAACAAUUAUUGUGGUGAUUAUAUUGAGGCUAACCCAGAUCCACAACUUCUUCAGGAGGCACGACAAGCGUUAGUAGUAUGGCAACGUGAAAUUGCACGUAAUCCACAUCCUGAUCUUUUUGUUAUUACUCGCAUGGGAGAACAGUAUCGUGCCAGUACAUUACUUCCAGUACCACGGGUAUUUGGAGUGCGUGGAGGAAAUGCGGUAGGAAAGACGAUGGAACAGGCAAUGGAUCUAUGUGCAUUACAUGCCGUGGAUACAUUGUGUGCGUUGGGUAUACCUCUCUAUGCAGAUCCCAAGAAGCAGGAACAAUUUGUGCGACAGCGACAACAACUUGGUCUGGUGACAAAUGAUCUUAUGAAGGAUGUACAGUGGGGAAAAGGACUUGUGGCUAUUCCAGCUCCUUCUUUAGCGGCAGGAACAACAAAUCAUAUAAACAAUCCCACUUCUUCUUCUUCUUCUUCUUCCUCUUCCUCUACUGCUGCUGCUGCUGCUGUGGGAGGAGGACUGGUGGGUGGAGAAGAAAAGAAAAAACGUCCACCUUAUCUUCCUGGGUAUAUAGUGGAAGGUAACCAACCACGUCCAUUACCACACAUACGUGAUACCGUACGAAUACUGCAGUUACGUAUUCCAGAUGAUUUCACAGUAUGUGGUGAGAACCUCAGUGAUGAGGCGAUUAUUGAAAAUGGUAAUGAAGCGAAGGUAUGCGUGCAGAAUUACCUUCGACAUCAUUUACCCAAGAAUGUUAAUGUAAACGCAUCUGUAUAUAUUACUGGGUAUGGUAGGCAAGUGAGUGUACAUAACAUUGCGUACCUACCACUUGUGUUGCCCAAGAAGAGUAAACAUAUCCCUAAUGAUACGUUAACUGAAAAGGGGAAGAAAAAGAAAAAGGCAAAAGACACUACUACUACUACUACUACUACUACGGUAGACAAUUUACAAAAAACUGUCGAAAAGAAAGAAACGGAUACAGUUUCAUCUACAGGAGUAGAAGAAACUCCUGAUAUGACGUCAUUAUCAUCAUUAUCAUCAUCACAGAAUACAGCUACCACUGAGAAGGUCGAUGAGGAUGUAGUGAAGGAAACAGAGCGUCUGUUGGCUGUGGGGAUAUCAUUAAAGAAGAAGGAUGCGGAACGUGCCUGUUAUCUUCAUGCAGUAGAUAUACUCCGCAUGUUUGAUCAGGAUGUUUUGACAAAUUAUCGUGCAGGACUUCCACGCCGCAAGCAACGAGAACAACAACCACCACCACAACAAUCGACUACACAAUCUUCUUCUGCAUCUAUUUCACCAACACCAAACAACACAGCAAGUGAUUUAUCCACCACUAAUAAUGAGAACCAGCAGUCCCCAAAUCUACCGAAACCAUAUAUGCAUAAAAUCAUGAAAAAUUUUAUGGAAAGUGGUCGACAUUAUACAGCGCCAAAGAAACGCCCCUCACCUAGUCCUUAUUCACCGUUUUGA